GUGGAAGAGAGAGGGAAGGAGCCAAAGUGUCAGCAUUCUUUGCUCGUCUGGCUAAAUGAGCAUAUUGCCUUCCAAGCAUUUAUCCCUCCCAGAGCAGCUGGAAAGAGCAGGAGGGAGCCAUCUGAACCACAACAGAAGUGGGUUUCAAAAUAAACACAUGCAUCACUAAGUCCUUCCUGGACCUCUUCUCAUCCCCUGGACCCGCUCAGGAUACCUGUGUCAGAGCGCAGUGGAGUUUUUGCAGUGGGGCUUGAGCGGCUGGAAAAGGGAAACCGGGGUAGAAGGGAGAGGGGGAAAGGAGCAAGAAGGAGUCCGAAAGCGGAGCGAUAAGGAUCGGUGGCGUGACGUCAAGGAGGAGUCUGGCGAAGCGGAGCGGCUGCCCAGAGGCGCUGGGAGCUUCGCGGAGUUGGCGAAGAGCUCAGCAGCAGCGAGGACAGAACAGCAAGCAGCCUCGGAAGGAGGCAGAGAACCAUUGGAGAGGCAGCCUCACCUGCCAGUAUAAGCCAUUACUCAAGGGAAGCUAAACCAUGGCUUGGAGUGAAUUUGGUGUCCUCAAUUGGCUCAGAGAGAGCCGACAAUCCCGGAAACUAAUCUUACUGAUUGUCUUCAUCGCUCUGCUUUUGGACAACAUGCUGCUCACCGUAGUUGUGCCAAUUAUUCCCAGUUACCUAUACAGCAUGAGACACCAGAAAAAUGCAACAGAAAUCCAAACCAUUAGGCCAAACACACCGUCGCUAAGCCCAAACAGAUUUCAAAGUAUAUUCUCCUACUACGACAAUUCUACAAUGAUUACUGGAAAUCAUUCUGAAGGGACAAGGCCCGGAGAUUUUUAUCAUGCACAGACAGAGCAAAUGGUGGUAAAUAUGACUAAGACACCACCACCACCAGCACCUGACUGCCCCAAGGAAGAUAAAGACCUACUAAAUGAAAAUGUACAAGUCGGUUUACUGUUUGCUUCCAAAGCAACCGUGCAACUCCUCACUAACCCUUUUAUAGGACCAAUGACAAAUAGAAUAGGAUAUCAGAUCCCCUUGUUUGCUGGCUUCUGCAUCAUGUUCGUUUCAACAAUUAUGUUUGCCUUUUCAGAAAGCUAUAAGUUACUGUUUAUAGCAAGAUCUCUCCAAGGAGUAGGUUCUUCUUGUUCUUCAGUAGCAGGCAUGGGCAUGCUGGCCAGUGUAUAUCCUGAUGAUGAAGAAAGAGGCAAUGCAAUGGGAAUAGCUUUGGGAGGCCUGGCUAUGGGGGUAUUGGUUGGUCCACCGUUUGGAAGUGUGAUGUAUGAAUUUGUUGGGAAGGCUGCACCUUUUCUCGUGUUAGCAGCAUUGGCUCUUUUAGAUGGAGCAAUACAGUUGCUAAUUCUACAACCAUCUAGAAUACAACCAGAAAGUCAAAAAGGAGCAUCAUUACUUACACUAAUGAGGGAUCCCUACAUCCUCAUUGCUGCAGGAUCAAUAUGCUUUUCAAAUAUGGCAAUUGCUAUGCUGGAACCAGCAUUACCCAUUUGGAUGAUGGAGACAAUGUGUUCAAAGAAAUGGCAACUUGGCGUUGCUUUCAUUCCAGCUAGCAUCUCUUAUCUGCUUGGAACUAAUCUUUUUGGGGUCCUUGCACACAAAAUAGGACGGUGGCUUUGUGCUCUAAUUGGGAUGAUUGUAGUAGGAAUAAGCAUUUUGUGCGUACCACUUGCUAAAAAUAUAUAUGGACUUAUAGCACCAAAUUUUGGAGUUGGCUUUGCCAUUGGGAUGGUGGAUUCCUCGAUGAUGCCUAUUAUGGGUUAUCUUGUUGAUUUACGUCAUGUUUCAGUCUAUGGGAGUGUAUAUGCUAUUGCGGAUGUUGCAUUCUGCAUGGGAUUUGCUUUGGGUCCUUCUGCUGGUGGUGCCAUUGCCAAAGCAAUUGGUUUUCCGUGGCUUAUGACCAUUAUAGGAAUUAUUGACAUCCUCUUUGCUCCUCUAUGUUUGUUUCUGCGCAGUCCGCCUGCCAGGGAAGAAAAGAUGGCAAUACUUAUGGACCAUAACUGUCAUUAUAAACCCAAAAUGUAUACACAGGACAGCAUCCAGUCACAUCCAUUAGAGGACGAUGAAGAAUCAGAAAGCGAUGAGUAAUGUACAAAAGCCGUAUCAAGUAGUUUGAUGUAUACAUGUUUUUCCUGUGAAACAUCUCAUCAAUUUUUUAGUUGUACUGUACUUUUUUGGAAGGUGAAGUAGUAACAAUAAUAAUAACAAUAAUUAAAAAGACCAAAGGUAUAUUUUACUUGUCACCCAUGAUUAUGAAGCAGAUUACCCACUGCCUUACAAAAGGAAUAAAGUAAUUUUUAUAGUUCUUACAGUAUUAAAUAUUAUUUAUGUAUUUAACAUUAUGCACUAUAUUUUUGAAAAAUAAUGAGAAGUGUAAAUGUGUAAAUCUAAAUUGAAGUCUAUGCUUUUAAAAAGUUCGUUCACAAAUACUUCCCUUAUUAUUUUUCUAUUUAAUUCAUCAGCAGAAAUUAGUGCCUGAAAUGAUCACUUGUUUAUUUAGACAUGACUAUACCAUUUGCCCUUCUCAAACUGUUUGGUUCAAAUGGUAAAUGAAAUGACACCCUAUUUUUCAAAUCUUAUACUCAAGUAAAAUUUUCUAUUGUUAAUAGAAAAACCUCAGUGUAAGCAGAAUGUAGUAUUUGUGAUGACAUUUGAUAGAACUCCUUAUUGGCUCACCCAUUGUUCAGAAUGGUAUUGAUGUUUAUAAACAGAUAGUAAAAUCUUCUGUAUUACAGGCAUUUCAUCACUCAUUUGUGCAACCCUUAUACAAAUAUUGAUACACAAACAUAAUCUAAUGGUGCAAGCUUGACGUGGGGUAUUACUGCAGCUCUAUGCCAGUAUGAUAUUAACUAAAACCACUCAAGACAAAUAUGUAUUCAUGCAAGAGCAAGACCGGCCAACUUCUGGACUUUUGCGUAGUAUCCUUUGGUUUUUGUUUUUUUAAUCGUGUCAGAAGCGAAAUGAGGCAAGUCACUUCUGGUGUGAGAAAACUGGCCAUCUUCAAAGACGUUGCCCAGGGGACACCCAGAUGUGUUACCAUCCUGCGUGGAGCUCUCUCUUGUCCCUAUAUGAAGCUGGGGCUGACAGACAGGAGCUCACCCCCUCUUGCAGAUUUGAACCGCCAACCUUUGAGUCAGCAGUUCAGCUGGCACAAGAGUUUAACCCAUUGUGUCAUCGCGUCUCACAAUAAAGGAAGUAUCCCUUGUGAAGAAAUGUAAGGUUAUCUGCUAAGCAAAAAAGAAAACCAUGUCUAUUAAAGUGCAGAGGUUCGAAAUUCAAAGCAAAAGAGCAAGAUAUUUAUUGGUAUCCUAUUAGAAUUUAUUCUUCAUUUAGCCAAGACUAAAUCGAAGGACACACCUGAUCUUUAAUGUUAGCAAAGACUUAGAAAUAGAAGUUUAUCCAUUUUCACUAGCUACAGAGCAACAAAAAGCAGGUUUCCUGCCUCCUGGUUGACUCUUGAAGACUGGGUAAUUUGCUUUAUGGGAGUUAUCCCGCAUUUUGUUUGCCUGAUAAAAUAAUGAUCAACAUUACAAUAGUUGAACCCUAUGGUUAGUGCUGAGUUUAUGGGGAGGAAGGAUUAUUCUCUGAAUUGUGCCAAUAGCAAUCCUAAGAGUUCUUGACCAUGCAUAAAUAUCAAAUGUUUCCUUCAUGUUGUGUACAUGUCAUCUUGUUUGUAAAACAUGAUCUGUGCCUUCUUUCAUUUAUCAGCAGAUAAGUUGUGUUUUAAAGCAGACAGCCUAUUUACAUAGUUUUGUAAAGUGUAUAUAUCUAUUUUGGUCAAGGUAUUAAAAUGUUGUCGUUGCACUAUUAUGUUGAUAAUUAGGCAGAGAAAUAAGAACUUGAAUGUUAUCAUUGACUGAAAAUAAUAAUAAAAGGUAACAGUUUGA